AUGUCGAUUGCACCAAGACAAUCAUUUACAACUGAAGAAAAUCAAUCGUUUACAUUUGAAUACGACUGGACAAUUAAAAAUUUUGUAUUUCAUGAUGAUAAAAUUGAAUCAUCAGAAUUUUCAUCUGGCUUGGCAAACAUUAAUGACAAAUGGUGUUUAAAAAUAUUUCCAAAAGUCAUACUUGAUGAUACAGAAUUUGUAUCAGUUCAAUUAAAAUUAUUGGAUUGUGCUGCAGAUGUACCAGAAAUUGUUGCACAUUACAAGGUAUCAAUAUUGACAUUAAAUAAUGAAGAAGUAAAUGCACAAAGUAGUCUUAGUCCAUUGAGAUUUUCAUCUAAAAAUACAUCAGCAAUUGUAAGACGUUUUGUAAAACGUGAAGAUCUAUUUGGUAGACUUUGGGAAUCAACAAAAUUAUUGCCAAAUGAUAGUCUUACAAUACUUUGUGAAAUUAAACUUCUUGUUGAUGAUAAAACAAUUGAAAGUUAUCAACCAGUUAUUGUUAAUGAUCACAAAAAAUUAAUAAAUGAUUUGGGACAAUUAUUGUCAAGUGGAUUAUCAAGUGAUUUUACAUUCAAGGUCAAAGGUAAAUCAUUUCAAGUUAUCAAAGGUAUCAUGGCAGCAAGAAGCUGUGUAUUUCGUAAAAUGUUUGAAGGAAAUGAUACCAAUGAACAUACUGUAUCAGACAUUGAAGCACCAGUAUUUGAAGAAUUAUUACGUUAUAUUUAUACUGAUGAAGCACCAAGAAUUGAUGAACUUCCAAAGCAAUUACUUGCUGUUGCUGAUAGAUAUCAACUUGAAGAACUUAAAAAUAUACAUAAAUUGAGAGAUGUUGUUGCCACUGGGCCAUUUCAAGUAUUAAAAGCAUCACAUGGAAGAGUUUUUAUGGCUGUUCUCGAGGCAAUUGCUGAAAUUAAAUAA